CAACUUUGAAAAUGAAACUAAGUGACAGAAGAUGGAGCAACCAAAAAAGGAGCAGAGUGUUGGUUGUCACUCUGCUGAGGGUCUGAGUGUCAGUGCGUCAGCUCAGACUGGAGGUCACAUCACAGCACCAGUUCUCUCACACACAACAGUUACUGGAAAUGUUACAGUUAUAACCAAUGUUUCUGGAAGCAGUAACCCUGCAGACAUACACUCACAGAAUCCAGGAAAAACUUCACAAAACUUUAAGGAUGGCUAUAAGAAACUGAUCUGCUCUGAGUAUGCAUAUGUGACAGAGUAUAACUCCCUCCCUGGUGAACAUGUGCUGCUGACUGACCGCUACACUGAGCUGCUGAUCAUUCAGAGACACAGAGAACAGAGUGAGAGAGAGAAAGAGAUUCGUACCAUAGGAGAGAAGUUCUUCAGUGCCAGAGACAGUGAGAAGUACAGCAACAUCACUGUGGAGCAGUUUUUCAGUCCAGAUGAUCAUGAACUCAUUCCAAAAGCAGUUAUUCUCCAGGGAAACUCUGGAAAUGGCAAAUCCUUCACUGCUCUGAAGAUUAUGUUGGAUUGGGCAUCUGGAACAGUCUAUACAGACCAUUUUGAUUUUAUUAUUCACCUGAAGUGUAAAGAGAUUAACCAAAUUUCUGGAGAGAAGAGUCUGGUGGAGCUCCUGAGAUACAGUCAGAGUUUAACACCAGCACAGAUCUCACAGAUAUUACAGCACUCACCAGAGAGAGUUCUCUUCCUCAUAGAUGGCUUUGAUGAACUCAAACUCUCUCAAGACAACAUGUCCAACCUGUCUCUGCCCACUGAUGUCCAAACUCCAGCCUCACCUGAGUCCACUCUGAAAGCCCUGCUGAGUGGACACCUGCUGCCUGAGUCCUUCCUGCUGGUCACCACCAGGUCUACAGCUACAGACACACUGAGCAAGCUGCUCAAAAAACAACCCCAGCGUUUCACAGAGAUUAUGGGCUUCUCGGAGAGGGGUGUGGAGGAGUUCUUCCAGAGGUUCUUUAAAGAUGAUCAGCUCUUACAGACACAGGCAUAUGAGCUUGUGAGGGCAAAUGAAACCCUCUUCACUGCCUGCUUCAUCCCUGUGAUCUGCUGGAUCAUCUGCACUGUUUUCAGGGAGAGACACAAAGAUAGUACAGAAUUAACCAAUGGUUUGGAUACAGCCACCUCCAUAUAUGUUGACUUUGUGUCCACUCUGCUGGAUCACCACUGCCAGGGUUUGAGUCAGUCUGUCCCCAGCCUGCUGAGGAGUCUGGGCCAGCUGGCAGAGAGAGGGAUGCUGGAACAGCAAGUCCUGUUUGAUAAGAAGAGUGUUUCUGAAACAGUCUCAGAUCCUACUAAUAAUCCUUUUCUGUGUAAAUUUCUAUUUAAGAGGAAAAUCCGCCAGGAGACAAUGUUUAGUUUCAUGCAUCUCAGUUUUCAGGAGUUCUUCACUGCUCUUUACUACGCUCUGUUGAAUGAAGAGAAGUCCCAGAGCAUUGUUAGAGAACUUCUUCAAUCUUUAGACCCAACACAGCUUGAACAGCAGAGGAAUAACAAACUGUACUUCCUGCCAGUGAUCCAGUUUCUCUGUGGUCUGUCCAAUGAGGAGGUCAACAUUUCUCUCAUGGAAACACACAACCUCUCUGUUUCCCCAAACAUAAAAGCAGAGCUGAAGGAAUGGAUCAUCUAUAUGGAGAUGUUCAUUCUUUACUGUCUCUAUGAGCUCCAUGAUGAGGACUUUGUGAAGAAAGCUGUUGAAACUUGGGAGAAUAUAGAUCUUGCUGGUAUUCCCCUGAGGAGGACAGACUGUUGGGUGCUGCAGUACUGUCUACAGUUCUGUCCACACAUCAAAAGACUCUCUCUCAUGGGCUGCAGUAUCACAUCAGAAAAACUGAAGAUUCUUCAGCCUGCAGUGUGCAGGAGUGAGGAGUUAGCGUUGACGGUAGAGAACCUGUCAGAAGAUGAUGUUGGUGUUCUUGUCUCAGCUCUGGGAGAAGGAAAAAACCUGAGUUUCCUAGGACUAGAAAACAGUGUCCUGUCAGAUCACAGUGUGCAGCAGGUCCUAAGUUCUCUCAACAAACAAAGGUCAUUAGGUUUAGUUUCCCUCACAGUGAAGACCAUCACUACCAGCACUGUUGUCAUGCUCAGCGAGGUUUUCCAAAAUGAAACGGCUCCAGGGUACAUAAGUGUUGAGGUGAAUGAAGACAGUGUUGAGAGCUUCUGCUCAUCUCUCAGUGUCUCAGUCAUAAAUGGAGACUUCAGGUUGUCUGUUGAAGAUAACAGAUGGAUGUUAAGAUUCUCAGAGAUCUCCAGCCCACAGACUGAACCAUCACUCCUAGCAAUCAGUCUCACCUGUCCACACUCACAGAUAUCCAGCAUCAACUGGACAACAUUCAUCCAGAUCAUUUAUGGAGUCAAAAUCUCCAGAGAAAAUUCUCCAGAGUUUGAUGGGCAGUUUGAUGCUCUGCUGUCUUUCCUGCGCUCUGUGUCUGGUCUGAAGGAGGUGUAUUUGAAUGUGAACAGUCUGACUGAGAGCUGGGCUUCCAGGAUCCUCUCCCUCAUCCAGACCUGCCCCAGUCUACAGGACAUCAGUUUUAAAACAGGUGAAGAUGGGGAGGAUUUAUUUUUUGAAGAGGAGAUCAGGUUACUGCAGCACUGUGAGGAGGUUCCUGAUCCCACUCUGACUGUUGAGGGGAUGGGAUGCAUGACACCCACUGACGAAUGCACAGAACAGAGCCAGUGGACACAGAACUGUAACCUGAACGUGAACCUUCAGUUCUGUGGGGAGAAUUUUGAGUGA